AUGAAGAUCUUUACUGUUUUUACUCUGCUAUUAUUCGCUUCACGAGCAAGCGCAUUUUAUCCAAUUGUUGCUGCUGUUAAAGCCGCAGUGACCAGUUUUUUGAUAGAUGAGUUAACUCAUUAUAUCAAGGAAAACGUCCACAGAGAAGCUAUGAUGAAAGAUGUCGGAAACUUUAUAGACACCCUUUUUGGUGAAUUCGAUAGUGCAACUGUUUCUAUGGAAGAACAAGCAGAAGAUGAAGGAGAAACAGAACAAGAAAAUAAUGAAGAUGAAGAAGAAACAGAAGAAGAUGAAGAAGAUGAAGAUGAAGAAGAAACAAAAGAAGAAAAUGAAUAUGAAGGAGAAACAGAAGAAGGAGAUGAAGACGAAGAAGAAACAGAAGAUGAAGGAGAAACAGAAAAAGAAGAAGAUGAAGAAAAAGAUGAAGAAGAAGAAAGAAUCAACAAAAAAGAAGAAAAAAUGGGCGCCCGUCACGGAAGAUGGCGGCGACACAGCACCCAUUCGUCACCAGCUAGUAGACAACAUCGCAGAGCCCCCUCUUCAAAUGAUGCCCUUGUCAGUAGAAGAUCCUUAAGCAGCAGUCGUUCCAGUCGUGGGUCAUCAGCACAACCAGUGCGUGGGCGUGGACGUGGCCGUGGCCGCAAUAAUGCACCACGUUCAAAUCGUGGAAAAAAGGCGGACAGAGGAGGAGGAGGCAGUUGGGCAUAA